AUGCUACCUGACAUCCAGCAAGACGGUCACUACUUGACCCGCGAAGAGAUGCUUGCCAUGCGACACCGCGAAUACCACUACAAUGCCUGGUCAAACACGAUGCUCGACCCAUACAUGCAGCCAUUCUGGAGAUGGGUCGUUACUUUCGUGCCACUUUGGGUGGCGCCGUCUACGUUGUCGAUCAGCGGUCUAGUCUGCAACGUUGUAGCCACGAGCAUCACAGCCUUCGCAGCGCCGACUUUGACGGAGCCCUUACCUGGUUGGGUGUGUGUGAUCAAUGCCAUCAGCAUCUUCCUCUACCAGACAUUCGACGCAAUCGACGGCAAACAAUCCUAUCGAACACAAAACAGCGAAGUGGAAGAAUACGCCGACCACGCCGUAGAUUCCAUCUCCGUGUCCCUGAAUGCAGUGAUGCUAGCCGCUGCAUUACAACUAGGAGACUCCCCAGUACUACUCGGUCUGAAUCUCAUGGUGGGUUUAUCCGCCUUCUUCGCCGCGCACUGGGCAGCUCACAGCACCAACUCGUUGAUUUUCGGCCGUGUCGACGUGACGGAAGCACAAUGGAGUAUGAUCGCCAUGCAACUUGUCUCUGCUGCUACGGGAGGAGGAGGUUCAGCAAUCUGGGACAAGAUCAUCUUUGAGAGCCCCACGAUCCGUGUUCGAGAUCUAGUGGGUCUCGCAACGGGAACCGCCAUGCUGGUGUCUUUCACAUCGAAUAUGCUCGUAGCAUUGAAUGUGUUAAAAACGCCCCUCGAAACCAACGGAGUGGCCAUCCCCCGCACCCCUCUCACGCUAUGGCCUUUGAUGACCUUCUCGAUCAUUUGCACAGGAACAAUAUCAUGCUUCAUGAACGGCCUCUUAACUCUGCAACCAAUCCCCACCUUACUGAUCAUCGGCCUGGCAAUGGGAAAAGCAGGAACGACAAUGAUCGUCCAGAGAUUAGCAAGGAGACAUGGACCGACUAUGGACUUGAUCUCCUUUUCACCCAUGGCUUUCUUCGCCCUUUCACUCCUCACAGACACCCACUACUCAACUACUUUCCCCAUCGGGGCAUGGACACUCGUGGGUAUCCUAGCAUUGAAUAUCUGCAUAUUUCAUGAAAACGUCACUUCAGAUAUGAAGACAGCUCGGGGUAUUGACCGGUUCAUCCUGGUUGAGGAGCCUGGACAAGAGGGCCCGAAAGACACGGGAUUCUAUGUAGCGGGGGGAAAUCUGGCCAAUGUGCAAGCGGAUUGGAAAGUUUUUGCGACGGAUGCCGCUCGGGUCAAGGCGACGUACUCAUGA